CUGUAAUGGAACAAGCAUUGGUCAAAUAAUUAAAGAAGAAAAUUAUUCACCUUAUUUCAAGAGCACUGAAAUGAUCAUAUUACUUGCUAUUAAAACUACUUUAACAACAAUGAUAUAUAGUAAUAUGGAAUUUGCAAAUAUAAAUUUAAUGGAGAGUAAUAAUGGAUCUUUACAGCUUAUUUUUUCUGAUCAACAAAAUAUACAAAAAGAACUUUGUUUUGAAAAAGUACCUCAUGGAAGCAGAAAUCCUAUAAGAUGUUCUAUUUUUAUAAAUAAAUUUGAAGUUAAAGAUACAAUUUUAGAAAGUAAUCAUAUUAAUAACAAAAUCUCAACUAUGACAGAUAUUCUUUCGAUUGUACAAUUUUGUAAAAAAUCAUCUAUUUGUAUAGGACAAUAUACUAGAAAUGAUCAUAUAUAUUCUAGCUAUUUGGGACCCCAAAAUAACCAUGAGAUUAUUGCAACUCUCGAAAAUAAAGGGUUUGAAACUAAAGCCUAUCGUAGAGUUGAUUGUAUUUUCUUUGUACUAAAUAGAAAUAUAUGCAUAAAUUAUAAAACAUUACGCAAUACAUUGUAUAAAAUUGAAAAACGACAUGCCAAUAGUGCUCAACCUGUUAGAACACCAUAUGCUUCUAGAGAAAUUUUAACUAAGCUUGUCAUGAAAAAACUAGUUAAAGAACUUAGUGAACGCUUAAAAUUGAAAUUUGAAGCAGAAGAAGAACCUAUAUCAGAACCAUUAACUAAUAUUGUUUAUAAUGUAAUUGAAGAAGUCAAGACCAAAAAAUAUGAAGAUGUACCAAAUAUUAUUUUAAAAGAAUUAAUUCGUAUGCAGAGUGAGAAGCCAAAUGGAAUACGAUAUCAUCCUAUGUUUAUUCGUUGGGCAAUAUCAAUUUAUAGUAGAGGCCCUGCUGUCUAUAAAGCUAUGAAAUCUAUUAUUCGGAUGCCUUCAUUAUCAACUCUUAAAAGUAAUAUAAAUGAAACUAGCCAAUAUACAGAAAUUGAAGUAUUUGGUAAGCAAUAUCUUGAUAAUGUUCAAAACUAUUCUAAUGAUCAAAAAGAUGAUGAAAAAGAUUGUAAACGUACUUUAGCAACCCAGGUGCAUCAAAUAGUAUGGUAUUCAAUUACCCACUCUUUUAACUUUCCGAUUGCCUACUUUGCAAUUGAGACAAUAAGUGUUCAUACACUUAAUACAAUUCUUUUUUCUUUAGCUGCCAAACUCGAAUGUGUAGCAAUUUAUACUUACAGAUCUGUUUGUAAUGGUGCAGGUGAAAAUAGAAGACAUAUUAAAAGCUUUGAUUGGUUUGCAACAACUUGGAAAAUAGGUGAUAAAGUAGAAGUUCAGCUAUUAAAUAAACUAGACAAAAAAAGUUACAAACCUUCUACAAUAAUUGCUUUUAAUCCAGAACAUACUGAAUUUUCAGUUAAGGUUUCUGGUAAUGAACAAUCUCAUUAUAAUGUCACACGAUCUGCUUUACAGCCUCCAAUGCUAGCAAAAACUACUUGGAAUAUGAAUGAUCAGUGUGAGGUUCGAAGCAUAGUUGACAAUGAAUGGUAUCCUGGUAAAAUAUCUACUAGAAUUCUAGUUAAUGGAUAUUUAGAAGUUGCAAUUAAAACUACUAAAAUUCAACCAAUUAUAUGGAAAUCAGUGCUUAGUGAUAUUUGUCCAUUAAAAAAUAAUAUAUCAAAAAGUCAUACUGGAAAUAGUGAAAAAAAAAGUGUAAGAGAAAUAAUGUAUAAUGAUUAUAAAAUUAGCUGGAGGCAUUUUCAAGGAGUUUAUGACCAUACUAUAAAACAUACAACGGCAAAAGCUACCAAAUUAACAAAACGACAUAUAUGGCUCACUCCUUGGAGCAAGAUGAGAGUAGAUCUUGUUGAAUACACUUUAUCACUAAACGACAAAAAUGCAAUGGUGGAAAUUCCUGAAUUAAUGAAUAUUUCGCAAGGUACACAAUUGUUUAUUAAUUAUGCAAGGAUGUACCGAGACAUUACUCAUAGUAGAAUUUGCAUAUCUUCUCUUGAAAACCCAUGUUUGAAUACCUUAAAAGAGAUAAAAUACUGGUUUAUUCAAGGAGAUAAAGAAAAAAAGAAUCCGAGUCAAUGGUGUUCCUCUCAAUGUCAGUUUGAUUUAAUUUUAUCGAUUAAUGGAUUUCUUGGAAUUAUUGAAUAUGUACUUAGUGAAUGGCCAAAUGCUAUGAUUCAACCAAGAAGAAUCUCUCAAGAUAUGCUUGAGGGAUUGUUUGGAACUAUUAGGGAAAUGAAUGGCGAUUCUUCUACACAAACUGAUCAUAAAGAAUAUACUUAUUAUAAAACUCGAAUUGAGACACUUUCUACUAUAAACAGUCAAAUAUUUAAAGAGCUUUUCGAUGAUGACUUGAUAAUGAGGCAUAUAUUUUUAUCAUUAUCAUCAACAAAUGAAAAUAUUAAAGUAGAAAACACAACUAUAAAUAAUUUACAACUUCAAAGAACACAACUAAUCGAAUAUAUGCUAUAUUAUGAUGACAUUGAUAGUCUUUUAGUAUCCUGGUCAAAAAAAAUUUGUCAAUUGGUAUUAGACUCUGUUCCAGAAAAAAAAAGCGCUCAAUGGAUGGCAAUAUGGUCAAUAAAUUUGGAAAAUCAUUUAAAUAAUUACAAAUGUGCAGACAAUUG